GCAUGGGGUAAUUUUUAUCAAUUGAAUAUAUGUUAAUUGUUUUUUUUUACUAAUUACUCUAUUUGUCAGUUCACAAUAUGGAAAGUUAUGGAAAAUGUUUUGGAAUAAAACAAAGUAGAGUCAGAUGGAACCUAUUGAAAUUCUGAAGAUUCUCAAAAUUUACUGGAGCUUUUUUGUAGAAAGUGCUGAGGAUUUAUUUAAAAAACUUCCUAUCAAAAUGGUUGUUCAGUCGGAUAUAUAUAUUUUAUGUUACCUUGGUAUUUUGCUUACACUCUUAGUUAUUUUGUUUGUGGUUGCAAGAAAAAAAAAAGCCAGACAGAGUGACCCUGCAUUAAGUAAUAAUGAAGUAAAAGCACGUUUUCGCAAAAGAGAUCGCAUUAGAUUUUAUACAACAAAAAUGCUUCGAAAGGUUAAACAAUUCAAAGAAGAUGUGCUUCCUGGUGCUGAACAGGAAGGAAAAUCUGUUGGUAAAAGGCGGCUUAAGCGAAGAUCUAACUCAAAUUUAAGAAUGCUGGCUAGCAAUUUCUUACAAUUCAACUCUGUUGAUUAUGAAAGAAAAAUAAGAGAGCCUCCAGCUGCAUUGUUAGAAGCAGAUCUUUCAGAGUCAACUGGAAAUGAAACUCAUUUACCUGCAGAAGUUAUGUAUAUGCUAAAGAGUGUACGCAUAUUUGGAAACUUUGAAAAGCCUUUAUUUUUUGCAUUAUGCAAGCAUGUUGUUUCUAUGACUGCAUCUGCUGGAAAAAUUAUAUUUAAACCAGGGCAGAUGGAUGAGUGUAUUUAUAUUGUUAAAUCAGGACAGCUCAACUUAAAUCUUGUAUAUAAGAAAGGUACAGAGAUGCUGUUAAAGAAAGUAAAAGCAGGAGAAAAUAUCCACAGUGUUAUGAACAUUCUAGAUGCACUCAGGGGUUCAAACUUUAAGUAUUCAAUUGUAAUAAGAGCAGCAGUUGAUUCUGAAAUUUUAAUGUUCCCAUCUCGAGCUUUUAAAGAAGUAUUUGAAGACCAUCCUGAAUCUCUUGUGAGGGUUGUACAGAUGAUUAUGCUUCGUCUACAACAAAUGAUUUUUCAAGCAUUUCAUAAGUUUUUGGGGUUGCCUGCAGAAAUCGUCAGCAGCCAUUCUCGUGUUAAUGAAAGUUUAAAGUCUCUAUCAGUCUAUUCACUUGAAAAAGAUGAAAAAAAGCUUGCCAGUUGUUUCCCUCAAAAGUCUGUUGCAUCAUCCAUGGGUCAUUCAAGCAAUCUUAUUUCAUCUAUACAAGAGCAUGAAAGUGAAAGUCUGUUUACAGAUAAUAGCUCUGUUGGAUUAUUGGGUCAGCAUAAAAACUCUAUUAAAGAAAAAGCUAUUUAUCGGAGAACAAAUUCAGUUGAGUUAUAUGGAAAAACAAAUGAAAUUCAUAAUGGUUUGUUAUCAACAACUUCUGAUUUUGAUGCUGUUCUUGAUCGUGUUGGACUUGAGGGAAGUUCAGAGGAAGCUUUUCAAAAUCAGGUAACAGAUGAUUUUGUUUCAAGCUCUAGCAUUAUGGCAGAACUCGAAGUUGAUGAAAGCUAUGGUAUACCAACUGAAAAAGAGGAAAAAAUGAUGACAGCUGCUCGAGCAGAUCUUGUAAAAUUGCUACAAUUGCCGACACCAAAAUUGCUGGAUGGCCUAUUGACUAUUGAUGUUGUCCCAUGUGGUACUUAUUUGGUAAAAGAAGGUGAAAAGGACUCUGGUCUAUUUUUUUUAGUACAAGGAUUAUUAGAAGUUUCACAGACUCUAUUGAAUCAAAAGGAAGUUUUAUUUACGUGUGUCCCUGGCGAAUUUAUGGGUUCUCUAUCGCUGUUGACUGGAGACCCGUCAUUUUUUACAAUUUACACAAAAGAAGUAUCUUAUGUUGUUGUCAUAAGUAAAGUUAACUUUUACAAACUGAUAAAGCAGCAUCCAAAAGUAGUUCUUCCUGUUGCAAACAGCGUUAUUCAAAAAAUGUCAUCUUUUAUUCGAAAUAUAGAUUUUGCUUUAGAUUGGAUUUUACAAGAAUCAGGGAAACCACUUUUUAGACAAAAUGAUGAGCCUGAUUCUCUCUAUAUUGUUCUUAAUGGUCGUCUUCGUGCUGUUCGUGCUCACAGAAAUGGACAGAAGGAAAUUGUGCAUGAGUAUGGUCGUGGUGAAUUUGUUGGAUUGGUUGAGGCACUUACACAUACAGAGAGAACAGAGUCCGUGCAUGCUAUACGAGACACUGAGUUGGCUCAAAUUCCAGAAGGGUUAUUGAGCACUAUAAAAAUAUGUUAUCCACAAGUUGUUUCUCGUCUAAUACAACUAUUAGGUGAACGAUUGAUUACAAAAAUGAAGAGGGGUUCACGAUUAAAUGUAGCAGACUCAAAAUUAGAGAGAGUGGCCAAGAAUUUAGGAACAUUAGCAGUUAUUCCUGCAUCAAACUCAGUCCCUCUGCACAAUUUUACAUUUGAGUUGGGUUUAGCUAUAAGUGAUAUUGGUUCUACUCUUGUUUUGACAAGUGAUGUCAUCAAACAAAGAUUGGGCAAUGCUGUUUUAGAAAAUAUUCAUGAAUGCAAUCUAUCCAAUUGGCUUUCACAUCAAGAAGAUAUCCAUAGAAUUGUUGUAUAUCAAGCAGAUAUGACAAUGACAGAAUGGACUAAAAGAUGCAUUAGGCAGGCAGAUGCAAUAAUGAUUGUUGGAAGAGUUGAUGAAGAUCCUCAAGUUGGAAAGCUGGAAGAACAGUUAGAGAGAAUGACAUUAGUUAGAGCCCAGAAAGAUUUGAUCCUUCUUCAUGACGAAGAAUCAUUUGUUCAGCCAACAAACACAUUAGAAUGGUUAAAUGCAAGAGAAUGGGUUUCAGCUCAUUAUCAUAUUAGAUGUCCAAAAAAAAUAUUUAAAAGAAAACUUCUUUCAGAGAGAUAUGCUAAUGAUCCCAAUUAUGAAUGCCCUUCAAAACAUUCUGACUUUGCUCGAUUAGCUCGAGUUUUAACAGGGACAUCUAUAGGUUUAGUUUUAGGAGGUGGAGGUGCUAGAGGUAUUGCUCACAUUGGUGUUAUUAAAGCAUUAAGAGAAGCAGACAUUCCAAUUGAUUCAAUUGGCGGUACUAGUAUGGGAGCAUUUGUAGGUGCAUUAUAUGCAGAGCAAGGGUGUGUUGUAAAAACCAUCCAAAAAUGCAGAGAAGGAUGCAAGAAAAUGGCAUCAAUGUGGCGUAAAAUUCUUGAUAUGACCUACCCAUACACAUCUCUUUUCACUGGAAAAGCUUUUAAUUCUGAAAUCCACUCAACAUUUGGUGAUAUAAAGAUAGAAGAUAUGCUGCUCCCUUAUUUUUGUGUGACAACAGAUAUCAAUGAUUCUAAAAUGAAAAUCCAUCAAACAGGUUGUUGCUGGAGAUAUGUGAGAGCUAGUAUGUCAUUAUCUGGAUAUCUUCCACCAAUGUGUGAUCCUGUGGAUGGGCAUCUUCUUUUAGACGGAGGAUAUGUGAAUAACUUGCCUGGAGAUGUUAUGCGAUCAUUAGGUGUUAAGACUAUUAUAUGCGUAGAUGUUGGUUCUGAAGAUGAAGUAGCCCUUACAAAUUUUGGUGACACACUUUCUGGUUGGUGGAUGUUAUGGAACAAGUUCAAUCCAUUUGCCUCUCCGGUCAGAAUUCCCGAUAUGAAUGGAAUACAAUCUCGACUGGCAUAUGUUUCUUGUGUAGGCAAACUUGAAGAAGUAAAAAAUAGCAGUUUUUACAACUAUAUUCGACCACCUAUCAAUAGGUUUAAAACUUUACAGUUUGGCAGCUUCGACGAGAUAUUGGAGUGUGGAUAUCACCACGGAAAAGCUGUUUUAGAUGGAUUGUUAAAGUCAGAUCGUCUUGCGUUUGGUGCUUCAAAUGAACAGAAUCCAAAGUCAAAGCAAAUAACUGUUCAUAACAGUACUGCUCCAUCCUUUACUGAUCUUGCUGAGUUAGUAUCUCGAAUAAAACCUGCUGCAACAAUUUCUACAAAAAUUUUUGAUUAUUAUUCAGAAGACGAUGAAGACGAUGAAUUUAACAAAAUGGAGUAUGAGAGAGCUACUGCAUCUGAUCAGGAAUGCUUUACAGAAUCAUAUCUAAGUGCCCCUGAAGAAAUAGGAUAUGAAUCUGAAGAUUUAAGUCGAUUACGAAGACGUCGUCAAGUACCUCGGUUAAACCAAAUUUCAUAAUAAAAUUUUGAAUUUGGCAACUAUAACAUGUAUAUUCUAUAUCUUUAAUUUUAUUUGGUAAAUUU